CAUUCGCAGUUCUUCUCCCAAACGUGUUCUACGUUAAUUGUGUUAUACUUAAUUCUAACAGUGAUUUGUGAAUGUGAAAUUCUGCUAAAUUAGUAAAAGUUUUGUUAUUAACAAACGUUACUUCGACUCCUAGGAAUAAUAAAAAGCUUUGACCGCGCGAAUUAAGCGCCACCAACACGCACGAGCUUAGCGGCACCUAGGUACAGUACAGAAUCAAAACAAACAUUUCAACCAAUAGGGGGAUCUGAAUCGAUCGACAAGUAAAAUAAGAAACGCGUUGAUUGGUUGAAAUUGGAAGCACUGUGGCGCCGCCCCGACCUUAUAAAUAAGACUGCAAGCGCGCGCUUGUUCUCUUUUCCACAGUGUUAAUUCAGGGGGAUUAUAUCGGGUUAUUUUUGUGAGCUAACUCUAAAUUCAGAAUGCCGGAGACAUCAAAAAUGAAUGGAUAUGCAAAAACAAAUGGACACAGUUUUGACAUGGAAGAUGGAUCAGUGUUUUUGUUCACGUCAGAGUCUGUCGGCGAGGGACAUCCAGAUAAAAUGUGCGAUCAAAUUAGUGAUGCUAUCUUAGACGCACAUUUGAGGCAAGAUCCUGAUGCGAAAGUGGCUUGCGAAACUGUCACAAAAACGGGAAUGGUAUUGUUGUGCGGAGAAAUCACAUCAAAGGCAAAUGUUGACUAUCAAAAAGUGGUCAGAGAUACUGUGAAGCACAUUGGCUAUGAUGACUCUUCUAAAGGUUUUGAUUGGCGAACACUGAACUUAUUAGUGGCAAUAGAACAACAAAGUCCAAACAUAGCAAAUGGUGUGUACACUGACAGAGAAGAAUUAGAUAUAGGGGCUGGAGACCAGGGAUUAAUGUUUGGAUAUGCAACAGAUGAAACAGAAGAAUGCAUGCCCCUGACAGUGGUCCUUGCUCAUAGACUCAACCAGAAAAUUGCUGAGCUUCGGCGAAAUGGCGAAUUUUGGUGGGCUCGACCUGACUCUAAAACACAGGUUACUUGCGAAUAUACGUUUGCGGGAGGCGCCACUGUACCACAGAGGGUGCACACUGUUGUUGUCUCGCUCCAGCAUUCUGAGAAGAUAACUUUGGAAACAUUGCGUGAAGAAAUCAAAGAAAAGGUCAUCAAAGAAGUGAUUCCCCCUCAGUACCUUGACGAGAAAACUGUCGUUCACAUCAACCCAUGCGGAUUAUUCAUUAUUGGUGGACCACAGUCCGACGCGGGUCUGACUGGGCGCAAGAUAAUCGUGGACACGUACGGCGGCUGGGGCGCGCACGGCGGCGGCGCGUUCUCCGGCAAGGACUUCACCAAGGUGGACCGCUCGGCCGCCUACGCCGCGCGCUGGGUGGCCAAGUCGCUGGUGCGCGCCGGCCUGUGCCGCCGCUGCAUGGUGCAGGUGGCAUAUGCUAUCGGAGUGGCUGAGCCGCUUUCUAUCACCGUGUUCGACUAUGGUACUUCUCACAAAACACAACAAGAACUUCUUGCCAUCAUUCGAAACAAUUUCGACCUACGACCUGGCAAAAUCGUCAAGGAGCUUAACCUCAGAGCACCCAUAUACCAGCGAACGAGCACAUACGGUCACUUCGGCCGCGAAGGGUUCCCGUGGGAGAACCCCAAACCUCUCGCCGUAGAAUGACUCGCGACGUGAGGUCUAGAAAUUUGUAAAUAUUCCACCAGUAUAUACAAUUAAUCUACGUGUGUUUUGUAGAACGCGCAGAUCCAACGCGGCAUCUCUAUAGACCAUGACUAUAGUUAUUAACAGACAUUCGCAUUAAGUAUGGCAGUGCUGGUCAAUUAUUUAACCGCUUCCAUCUAAUUCAUCUCAUUUUGUAAUAUGCGUGCCAUACUGUAAUUUUUCGCUCGAAGAAGCGUAUUUGGAUGACAAAUCGCUUGACAAAAUAAAACUUGAAAUAUGGGACCGCACAAUUUAUAUUAGUUUCAUUGCAUGUGGACUCUAGAUUUCAGAAGUUUGUCUUCCCUGUAGAGAAAAAGAAAGUAUCGUAGUUCCGAAAUUUACUUGUGAUGUUAGUUAAUAAAAGUACUUUCUUUAUUCGAAAUUGUAGUAAAAUAAUUCGACGACAAUUAAAAGCCUGGAAGUAAUUGUCUGUUAAUAGCUUUACAUGCCACAAAUCACUCGCCGCUGUAACUGACGCGAUAUUUUAUAGUCAACUACAUUGGCGAGUCUCAAUGUAAUAAAUAAGUAUUCAUUAGUUCGUUAUAUAGGAAUAAAGCGGUGCCGUCAUUUCUGAAUUUUGAGUUAGUUCGGGGGAUGAAAUAGGCAGUUCUAUUGUUUAAGUUUUAAUUGUGAUUUAUUACACUGCCUUUUAUUUCGAAACGAAGGCAGUUGAGAUGUAAAAUGAACUGCCCAGUGCUUAAAUAUUGAUUUUUUUAUAUAUUUUGUUUGCAUAUAUUUACACUUCUUAAAUAAUGAACUGCCUUCUUUCUCGAAUGUUUAUCGUGAGCUUUGUAAGUAAGUGCUAUUAUUUAUCAGUAGAGUAGACUACUUUCCUGAUCGCGUCACAGUGGAGCGAGUACCAGAAGGAUGUCUCGUCCCUCUCUUCUCUCGCUCACUGCAAACAUUGUGCUGCGCGUGUGAACGUUUUACCUCUUAAGAUUAUCCAUCGUUUGUGUCAGUAGUAUUUGCAUUGUCAAAGUUCACCGUGUAGCAUAGUUUGUGUUGUGUUUCCGAAAAGGAACCAAGUGGAAAAGAGCCAUUUUGAAAACACACCGAUUCGUUCAGGGCAGUAGUGCACUGUGCAUUUACUCCAUAGUUUUCAGUAGGUAUAAUUAUAGGCGCAACGCUAACCGUACGUUUUAUGACAUUAGGGAGUUAUUGUAGAAUUUUAACUUUAAAUAUUCGUAGAACGGUUAGUAAAUUUUGUGACUAUAAUUUUUUUGAUCUGUUUGGCUAAGACCUGUUAAAAGUUUUUAAUUAACUUACUGUGGAUUAUCGAUUAAUCGGAUGUGUAAUUUCAGACUAAUAAAUAAAUUAUGUUCACCCGGGACACUAUCGGGAAUAAAUGAGUUUUAUUUUA